GCCGCGGCGGGAGCGGGAGGAGCAGGAGAUGCUGCCAGCCCUCCCGGGGCCGCGCUCGCUCAGCCGCCGCCGCCACACGGAGCAGACGCGCGCCGGGAGCCGCGGGCCGGGCCAGCCGGGCCGCCGGGGCCCAGUGCGCCGCGCUCGCAGCCGGUAGCGCCGCCAGCGCCGUCGGCGCUCGCUUGGCAGCCGCGGGGCCCUAGGCCGUGCCGGGGAGGGGGCGAGGGCGGCGCCCAGGCGCCUGCCGCCCCAGAGUCAGGAUGAGCAUCGAGAUCCCGGCGGGACUGACGGAGCUGCUGCAGGGCUUCACCGUGGAGGUGCUGAGGCACCAGCCCGCGGACCUGCUGGAGUUCGCGCUGCAGCACUUCACGCGCCUGCAGCAGGAGAACGAGCGCAAAGGCACCGCGCGCUUCGGCCAUGAGGGCAGGACCUGGGGGGACGCGGGCGCCUCUGCCGCCGCUGCCGGGGGUGGCACCCCCAGCAAGGGGGUCAACUUCGCCGAGGAACCCAUGCACUCCGACUCCGAGGACGGAGAGGAGGAGGAGGCGGCGCCCGCAGACGCAGGGGCGUUCAAUGCUCCAGUAAUAAACCGAUUCACAAGGCGUGCCUCAGUAUGUGCAGAAGCUUAUAAUCCUGAUGAAGAAGAAGAUGAUGCAGAGUCCAGGAUUAUACAUCCAAAAACUGAUGAUCAAAGAAAUAGAUUGCAAGAGGCUUGCAAAGACAUCCUGCUGUUUAAGAAUCUGGAUCCGGAGCAGAUGUCUCAAGUAUUAGAUGCCAUGUUUGAAAAAUUGGUCAAAGAUGGGGAGCAUGUAAUUGAUCAAGGUGACGAUGGUGACAACUUUUAUGUAAUUGAUAGAGGCACAUAUGAUAUUUAUGUGAAAUGUGAUGGCGUCGGAAGAUGUGUUGGUAACUAUGAUAAUCGUGGGAGUUUCGGCGAACUGGCCUUAAUGUACAAUACACCCAGAGCAGCUACAAUCACUGCUACCUCUCCUGGUGCUCUGUGGGGUUUGGACAGGGUAACCUUCAGGAGAAUAAUUGUGAAAAACAAUGCCAAAAAGAGAAAAAUGUAUGAAAGCUUUAUUGAGUCACUGCCAUUCCUUAAAUCUUUGGAGUUUUCUGAACGCCUGAAAGUAGUAGAUGUGAUAGGCACCAAAGUAUACAACGAUGGAGAACAAAUCAUUGCUCAGGGAGAUUCGGCUGAUUCUUUUUUCAUUGUAGAAUCUGGAGAAGUGAAAAUUACUAUGAAAAGAAAGGGUAAAUCAGAAGUGGAAGAGAAUGGUGCAGUAGAAAUCGCUCGAUGUUCGCGGGGACAGUACUUUGGAGAGCUUGCUCUGGUAACUAACAAACCUCGAGCAGCUUCUGCGCACGCCAUCGGGACUGUCAAAUGUUUAGCAAUGGAUGUGCAGGCAUUUGAAAGGCUUCUGGGACCUUGCAUGGAAAUUAUGAAAAGGAACAUCGCUACCUAUGAAGAACAAUUAGUUGCCCUGUUUGGAACAAACAUGGAUAUUGUUGAACCCACUGCAUGAAGCAAAAGUUUGGAG